AUGCGUCCAUUCUCGAUCACGGCCCUCAUGGGUCUCUUCAUCGCGGGUGCUUUGGGUCGCCCUCAGCAGCUCGAGCCGAGCAUCGUGACCACGACCGUUUUCGAGCUUGCCUUCCUUGUCGUCAAUUACUUGGACCUCCAGCACGGCUUCGUCUCGCAUUCACACUCUUUUCACCAAUUCUUCACUCGCUUCGGCACCCGUUACUUCUACUGUGUCCUCUUCUGCAAACGUCACCUCUUCUUCGGCAGCUUCAUACACUUCUGA